UAAAGAAAAUACGCAAUAUAGAUACAAGUAUUUCACAUUAUGUGUAAUUGUAUUGAAUUUUAUUUAAAACUACGCAUAUGAAUAUACAUAGGUUAGAAAAUAAUGCGUUUAUGGAGGAGAAACAGGGAUGGGAGCGACCUGGAUUUUUCUUGCGAAAACGGUCUGAUGUUUCACACUAUGAUUGGUACGGAAGCUACAAUUUUUUAAGAUGCCACAGCUCGACUUACGAAAAAUAUCUUAAUGGAAAUUUGAAAUAUCAGUUUUCUGAUCACUAUGACAUAAUACGAAACGAAGCACUAACAUGUAGAAAACAUGCAGUUGUAUUUAAUAUGAGUUAUUUUGGAAAAAUGUACCUGACAGGCCCCGAUGCAGAAAAAGCUGCAGAAUGGCUCUUCACUUCUAGUAUCAAAAAUAAGGAGAACAAGAUAAUCUACACAUGUGCUUUGAAUGACGAGGGAGGUGUGGAAGCUGAUUUAACUUUUUGUAAAAUUAAAAGUUUUUCGAAAAAUUUUAACGAGAACCAAACGAAAGGAAAUUGUAUAUAUAUUGUUUGUGGAGGAGCUUCAGCAAAUUACACAUAUCAUUUUCUUGAUUCGGAAAUUAAGAAAAAAAAUUUUAAAGCUUUUUUACACAAUGUUACGGAAGAUAUUGGAAUCUUAUCAAUCCAAGGUCCGAAAUCUCUUUCUAUACUACAAAAAAUUGUAGAUGCCGAUAUUUCAGACUCAUGUUUCCCCAAAAAUACAUGGAUUUUUGGAAACAUCAAAACAAGAACACGAAAACUAAAAAUAAAAAUACUAAGAGUAAGCUUUGUAGGAGAGUUGGGUUUUGAAUUGCAUAUACCUCAAAGUUAUUGUUCAGAAAUUUAUAAAUAUUUAAUGCGGAUUGGAAAACAAUUUGGUUUAAAAAAUGCUGGUUAUCGUGCUUUAUAUUCAUUGAGUAGUGAGAAAGGUUAUCAUUUAUGGGGUUUUGAUUUAAGACCAGAUGACACGCCCGUUGAGGCGAAUUUAGCAUUCACUUGUAAACGAGAAAUUCCAUACAGGGGAAAGAAAGUUGUUGACGAACAAAGAAAAACUGGAGUUAAAAAGAAACUAAUUUACUUAACUUUAGAUGAGCAUAUACCACUAUGGGGCUUGGAAGGUGUAUACAGGAAUGGCAACCCUAUUGGAUUUUUACGAAGAGGAGAGUAUGCGUAUACAUUGGGGAAGUCAAUAGGACAAUUAUAUUUGGAAAGAAGAGAUGGACUUAAAAUUGACGAUGAAUACAUAAACGCAGGACAUUACGAAAUAGAUUCAAUGGGAAGAUUUUUGGAAGCAACUUGUCACCUAAAGAGUCCUCUUAAUUAAAUUGAAAUAAAUAAAAUAGUGUUAGAAUUAGGUUAUUGGUUGUAAUAAAAUUUUUUAAAAUUUAA